UGAUGCUUUGUAAUUCAGGCUUCAAGUCUACAGUUUUAUGAUUGAAUGCUGUGAUGUAAAUACAUAGUUCGUUUUUAAUUGUUCAAAAUUAUGGAAGUUUAUUGUAAAGCAUUCCUCGUUUGUUGUGUCAUCACAUUAACACAGAGUCAAAAUUACAAUGAAACGAGAUUGAAAAUUCAUGACUUAGCAAAGAACUAUAAACUAAAAUUUGGUGUUGCUACAUCAGCCAAUCAAAUUGAGGGAGCAUGGAAUGAGUCAGGCAGAGUGGAAAGUAUAUGGGAUCAUUUUAUCCAUGAAGAUCCAAGUCGAGUCGUUGAUGGAUCCAAUGCUGAUGUAAGCUGUGAUUCAUAUCAUAAUCUGGAUCGUGAUAUUAGUAUGCUUAAAUAUUUGGGUGUACAAUUUUAUCGCUUUUCAUUAUCAUGGCCUCGAAUCGCACCGAUACCAAUGCAACGUGGUAACGCCGCUGGCCUUCGAUAUUAUCAUAAUUUAAUCGAUAAAUUAAUAGAGAAUAAUAUAAUUCCAAUUGUGUCGAUGAAUCAUUUCGAUAUUCCACAAAAUAUUCAAGAUUUCGGUGGAUGGACAAAUGAACUGAUUGUUGAUUAUUUUGAGAAUUAUGCACGAAUUGUUUUGGAUAAUUUUGCCGAUAAAGUUAAAGUUUGGGUAACAUUUAUUGAGCCAGAUAAUGUGUGUCGUCAGCAUGAUUUGAGUAAUGAUUGGCCUCCAAUAUAUGGCUCAUCUGGCAUUUCGAAUUAUUUAUGCGCACGGAAUGUUAUUCUGGCGCAUGCUCGUGUCUAUCAUUUGUAUAAGAAAUAUUAUGAUACGGAGAAUAAAGGCAUGAUGGGAAUUGGUUAUAGUUUCAAUUGGUACGAGCCUUUAACAAAUUCUACAGAAGACAUCGAAGUGAUUGAAAAGCUACGGACUAUGGUUUAUGGAUUAUUUGCGGAUCCAAUAUACUCAAGUACCGGAGAUUUUCCAGACAUAUUAAAGGCAACGAUUGCCAAUAAAAGUAUGGAACAAGGUUUCCUGAAAUCAAGAUUACCCGAAUGGACAAUCGCUGAAAUUGAAUAUAUUCGUAAUGCGUACGAUUUUUUGGGUGUAAAUUAUUACACAAGUUACAAACAACCUCGGAUACCAUCUGAACCACAGCCAAUACCUUCAUUUACAGAUGAUCUAGGAUAUUACAAAGGAGUUUAUGAUGUGACUUGGAAAAACACAACCGUAGAGUGGUUAAGGAACCACGCAGAAGGUUUAAAACUGGUUUUGAUCUAUUUAAAGAAGAUUUACAAUAAUCCAAAAAUUCUAAUUUUGGAAAAUGGUUGUGGAAGCUCGCAUGAUAAGUUGGAAAACUAUGAGUGUGUUGAUUAUUAUAAGGAUCAUUUGGAUGCGGUGUACGAUGCAGUGGUUAAUCAUGGCUGUAAUGUUUUAGCAUAUACUGCUUGGUGUUUAAUGGAUAAUUUCGAAUGGGAAAUGGGUUACACACAUAAAUUUGGAUUAUUUCAUACGGAUUUCAAGAAUGAGUCACGCCCUGCCAAACCUAAGGCCACUGCUGAGUUUUUCAAGGAAAUUUUAACAGAUGUUAAGACAAACAACCAAAAUUUCGACCAACAAAUUGGAUCCAUAAAUGGAGCUACAAAUUUAGUUACACAUGUCAGUAUUAUCUUUGUAUUCAUAAUUAACUUAAUUUUACUUUUUGAUUCUUAUUAA